UGUCAGUGCCCAGAGCCUCCGCCGCCGCCGCCUCUCGGCCUGAGCUCCGGCGCCAACCUCGGGCCGGCGGUCGUCCGCGGGAGCGAGCGAGGCGGCGGGCGGCGGACGGGGGCGGGCGGGCCUGCGAGCGCGGCGGCGUCUCCAUGGGGCCGGCCCGAGGCGGCCGUGCGCGCUGAGAACAUACCCACGCUGCAUUGAGGGCACGCACAUCUUCAGCAGGGCUGGGAUUUCCUGGACAGCUUGCCUUUGUGAGAAAUCUGGCAAUUUCUUUAAAGGUCAUCGUAGUUUCCAUUGUUGUGCAUCAAAGGAACGUCCAGAAACCAUGAACAACUUUAGUAAUGAGUUUGACUGCCAUUUCCUUGAUGAAGGCUUCACUGCCAAGGACAUUCUGGACCAAAAAAUCAAUGAAGUUUCUUCUUCAGAUGACAAAGAUGCCUUCUAUGUUGCUGACCUAGGAGAUAUUCUAAAGAAACAUCGGAGGUGGUUAAAAACUCUUCCUCGGGUCACCCCCUUUUAUGCUGUCAAAUGCAAUGAUAGCAGAACCAUAGUGAAGACCCUUGCUGCUAUCGGGGCAGGGUUUGAUUGUGCCAGUAAGAAUGAAAUACAGUUGGUGCAGAGUCUCGGGGUACCUCCAGAGAGGAUUAUCUAUGCAAAUCCUUGUAAACAAGUGUCUCAAAUUAAGUACGCCGCCAAUAAUGGAGUCCAGAUGAUGACAUUUGAUAGUGAAGUUGAGCUGAUGAAAGUUGCCAGGGCACAUCCCAAGGCAAAGUUGGUAUUGCGGAUUGCCACAGAUGAUUCCAAAGCAGUUUGUCGUCUCAGUGUUAAAUUUGGUGCCACACUCAAAACCAGCAGGCUGCUUUUGGAACGGGCAAAAGAACUGAACAUUGAUGUCAUUGGUGUCAGCUUCCACGUGGGCAGUGGCUGUACUGAUGCUGAGACCUUUGUGCAGGCCAUUUCUGAUGCUCGCUGUGCCUUUGACAUGGGGGCUGAGGUUGGCUUCAGCAUGUAUCUGCUUGAUAUUGGUGGUGGUUUUCCUGGAUCUGAGGACGUAAAGCUUAAAUUUGAAGAGAUCACCAGUGUAAUCAACCCAGCACUUGACAAGUAUUUUCCUUCUGACUCGGGAGUGAGAAUCAUAGCUGAGCCGGGAAGAUACUAUGUUGCCUCGGCAUUCACACUUGCAGUUAACAUCAUUGCUAAAAAACUUGUUAUAAAGGAACAGACUGGUUCCGAUGAUGAAGAUGAGUCAAGUGAACAGACCUUUAUGUAUUAUGUGAAUGAUGGAGUAUAUGGAUCAUUUAAUUGCAUCCUUUAUGAUCAUGCACACGUGAAGCCUCUUCUGCAGAAGAGACCCAAACCGGAUGAGAAGUAUUACUCCUCCAGCAUAUGGGGUCCAACAUGUGAUGGCCUGGAUCGUAUAGUUGAGCGCUGUGACCUGCCUGAAAUGCAUGUGGGUGAUUGGAUGCUCUUUGAAAACAUGGGUGCUUACACAGUUGCUGCUGCUUCGACCUUCAACGGAUUCCAGAGGCCCACUAUCUACUACGUGAUGUCAGGGUCAACAUGGCAACUCAUGCAGCAGAUCCAGAGCUGUGAGCCCUCAGAAGCAGAGGAACAGGAUGUCAGCGCUCUGCCUGUGUCCUGUGCGCGGGAGAGUGGCAUGAAGCGGCCCCCAGCAGCCUGUGCUUCCACUAGUAUUAAUGUGUAGAUUCUACUCUUGUAGCUCUUCACUGCAAGUUUAGCUUGAAUUACGGGAUUUGGGGGACCAUUUAACUUAAUUACUGCUAGUUUGGAAAUGUCUUUGUAAGCAGGGAGGGUUGACACAGAUGCAACAAUAUGAAGACUAGGAGAUGGGUCACACUUAUCUGUGUUCCUAUGGAAACUAUUUGAAUACUUGUUUUAUAUGGAUUUUUAUUCACUUUUCAAACAUGCUACUAAAGAGUGCCCCCUCAGCUGCUAGAGCGCAAGCAUUUGUAGCUUGGGCAUUGGCAGAAUGGGAGUACUAAAGCUUAGUGUCCUCAUCUGUUUUAAAAAUAAAGUAUCUUGAAAUAAUUAGG